AUGCCUGCUGUUCCCACUACCUCUCAGCUUCCUCCGGGCCAUUUCCUCUUCACCAGCGAGAGCGUUGGCGAGGGCCAUCCCGAUAAAAUCUGUGAUCAAGUCUCUGAUGCCAUCCUCGACGCUUGCCUCGCAGAGGACCCUUUUUCCAAGGUUGCAUGCGAAACCGCUUGUAAGACGGGCAUGAUCAUGGUCUUUGGAGAGAUUACUACAAAGGCCAAGCUCGAUUAUCAAAAAGUCAUCCGUGACACCAUCAAGCAGAUCGGCUACGACGACUCUGAAAAGGGAUUCGAUUACAAGACGUGCAACAUUCUUGUUGCCAUUGAGCAGCAAAGCCCUGACAUCGCCCAGGGUCUUGAGCACGGAUCUCUCGAGGCCAUGGGUGCCGGUGACCAGGGUAUCAUGUUUGGCUAUGCCACGGACGAGACAGAGGAGUAUAUGCCUCUGACCGUCAUGCUCGCCCACAAGCUCAACCAGGCUAUGGCUGUCGCGAGGAGGACUGGUGCUCUUCCCUGGCUCAGGCCCGACUCGAAGACCCAAGUCACCGUCGAGUACAAGAAGGAAGGUGGUGCUACCAUCCCUGUUCGUGUCGACACCAUUGUCGUUUCCACUCAACACGCAGACACCAUCUCUACCGAGGACCUCCGCGAGGAGAUCAAGGAGAAGAUUAUCAAACAGGUCAUUGACCCCAAGCUCCUCGACGAAAACACCAUCUACCACAUUCAACCAUCUGGCCGCUUCGUCAUUGGUGGACCUCAGGGUGAUGCCGGUUUGACUGGCCGCAAGAUCAUCGUCGACACUUAUGGUGGUUGGGGUGCUCACGGUGGAGGAGCCUUCUCUGGCAAGGACUUCUCCAAGGUUGAUCGCUCUGCUGCCUACACCGCGCGUUGGAUCGCCAAGUCUCUCGUCGCUGCCGGACUUGCCCGCCGCGCACUUGUCCAGCUCUCGUAUGCUAUCGGUGUCGCCGAGCCGCUCUCGAUCUACGUUGAUACCUACGAGACUGGCACAAAGUCGAACGAGGAGCUCGUCGAGAUCAUCAAGAAGAACUGGGACCUCAGGCCUGGUGUCAUCGUGCGUGAACUCGAUCUCCAGAGGCCCCAAUACCUCCACACGGCUUCCUAUGGCCACUUUGGCAAACCCGGGUACUCUUGGGAGCAACCCAAGAAGCUCGUUCUCUAG